AUGUCGAAAAUAGCUAUUGGUCAAUUAUGCUCUUCUUCAAAUAUAAGUAGGAAUUUAAUUACAGUGAAAAAUCUCAUCCUUAAGGCGAUCGAUAAUGAUGUCAAGUUAAUAUUUUUCCCAGAAGCUACCGAUUUUAUUUCUCAGAAUGCUAGCCAUUCCAAAUUACUAGCACAACAGACUCCCAAAUUUAUUAAAUCUCUACAAAGUUUUAUCAAGGAUUCCACUCAAGAUAUUGAAGUCUCCAUUGGUGUUCAUUUACCCCCAACAUCUGAAGAUGAUCGAGUGAAAAAUACUUUAUUAUAUAUAAAUAGUAACGGUAAUAUUAUUUCCACAUACCAAAAACUACAUCUAUUCGAUGUUGAUGUCCCCAAUGGACCUAUAUUAAAGGAAUCUGAAUCCGUACAGCCUGGCGUCGAGUUGCCAAAUAUAAUAGAUACUCCUGUCGGAAAACUUGGUACUGCGAUAUGCUAUGAUAUUAGAUUUCCUGAAUUAUCAUUAAACUUACGAUCUAGAGGAGCAGAGAUACUUUGUUUUCCAAGUGCAUUCACAAUGAAAACUGGCGAGGCCCAUUGGAAGUUAUUAGGGAGAUCAAGAGCUAUUGACACUCAAUGUUAUGUAAUAAUGCCGGCACAAUGUGGUGUUCAUGACGUUUCUGAUGAUGAAUGGAGUAGUCUCAAUGGAUUGAGUGAGAAUGUUAAGAGAGAAUCUUGGGGCCAUUCUAUGAUAGUUGAUCCAUGGGGUGAAGUCAUUGUGGAAGCUUCCGAAAAUGAUUCAGAUCCACAAUUAAUAAUAUCUGAACUGGAUAUGGAAAAGUUGAAACAAGUCAGAGGGAAUAUGCCUCUUUGGGAUCAAAGAAGAGCUGAUAUCAAUUUCCAUUCUAACCUUGACGUUAAAGAAAUGUGA